CUCCCCCGUUCUCCAGCGGAGCCCCGCGGAGCCACAGCGCCAGCGGCCAGGGCAGAUCCGCACCAGCGGCCGGGGCAGGAGGCGAUGGCUGGGGAGAACCAGGAGCGGGCUCUCCGGAAGAGCAUCGCGGCUCAGCAGCCGGCGCCUCGGUCGUCCCCGCUGCCGCCCGCCAACAGCCCCGGCGCCCCCCGUGCGCCCAGCCCGGACAGCGGCGACCCGGAGCGGGUGGCGCUCAAGAAGGAGAUCGGCUUGAUCAGCGCCUGUGCCAUCAUCAUAGGUAAUAUUAUUGGUUCUGGCAUCUUUAUUUCACCCAAAGGAGUUCUUGAGCAUUCUGGGUCAGUGGGACUCGCACUCAUAAUAUGGAUACUUGGUGGCGGGAUCUCAGCACUUGGGUCUCUCUGUUAUGCUGAAUUAGGAGUUACCAUUCCUAAAUCAGGAGGCGACUACUCCUACGUCACUGACAUUUUCGGUGGAUUAGCUGGAUUUCUACUGCUAUGGAGCGCAGUCCUUAUCAUGUACCCAACCAGCCUGGCUGUCAUUGCGCUGACUUUUUCUAACUAUGUGCUACAGCCAGUUUUCCCCAAUUGCAUCCCACCCUACAAAGCUUCACGAGUUCUCUCCAUGGUGUGUUUGUCACUGUUGACUUGGGUGAACAGCUCCAGCGUUCGGUGGGCCACACGAAUCCAGGACAUCUUCACAGCAGGAAAACUCUUGGCUUUGGGUCUUAUCAUAACUGUUGGCUUUGUGCAAAUCUUCAAAGGAAACUAUGAACCGUUAAUACCGAGCAAUGCAUUUAGCUUCUGGAUGACCCCGUCUGUGGGACAUUUGGCGCUAGCCUUUCUCCAAGGUUCCUUCGCAUUCAGUGGGUGGAAUUUCCUAAAUUAUGUGACAGAAGAACUGGUUGAGCCACGCAGGAAUCUACCCCGUGCCAUAUUCAUCUCCAUUCCCCUGGUGACCUUUGUAUACACCUUCACCAAUGUUGCUUAUUUCACGGCCAUGUCACCCCAAGAACUCCUGUCUUCCAAUGCUGUGGCGGUAACAUUUGGUGAGAAGUUACUGGGCUAUUUUUCCUGGGUUAUGCCAGUGUCUGUGGCAUUGUCUACAUUUGGAGGAAUAAAUGGAUACCUUUUUACCUCCUCAAGGCUGUGUUUCUCCGGUGCCCGAGAAGGUCAUUUACCAAGUCUCUUGGCCAUGAUCCAUGUCAAACACUGCACCCCAAUUCCGGCUCUCCUUGUCUGCUGCCUGGCUACUGUGGUCAUCAUGCUGGUUGGAGACACCUACACCUUAAUUAACUAUGUGUCCUUCAUCAACUACCUCUGCUACGGAGUGACAAUCAUAGGCCUGCUUGUGCUACGAUGGAAGAAGCCUCAGAUCUUCAGACCCAUCAAGGUAAAUCUUCUGGUUCCAAUCACUUACCUGAUCUUUUGGGCCUUUCUCUUAAUCUUCAGUUUUUAUUCUGAGCCAGUGGUCUGUGGCAUUGGACUGGUUAUCAUCUUAACUGGAGUGCCAGUGUUUUUUCUUGGAGUGUACUGGAAAAACAAACCAAAGUGUGUAAAUAGAAUAACAGAAUCUUUAACCCACUGGGGUCAGAAGAUCUGUUUUGUUGUCUACCCUCAGAAGGAAUCUCCUGAAGACGAUCUACCUAUCACCGAUUAUCCCUCUCAAGAAGGCAAAAGACCUUAAAAAAAACAAUUAUACUUUUUACAUAAUGUAGAUUUUGUUUACAUUAUGGCAUUUUUUUUCCACUGGGGGAGGAAAGAACCUUGAUUUGGCUUUUUUGGGAUUUUUUUUUUUUUUUGUAAGAAAUGAGGACCGUCAUUUGGACAACUCUAGGAGACACCUAAAUGUAUUUAGCUCUUUUUUUUCCCCAAAAAAAGGAGGAAAAUAAAAAUAAAAUGAGCUAGUGGGUUGUUUUUCGUGAUGCAUUUUGCGUGCAAGUUGAGAUUACCGGGUAUAAAAAAUAUUGCUACCAACCACCUGUUAUGAAACUCAUAAACGCUGUUGUAAAGCUUCUGCCAAGUUUCAAAUGGAGGACCUCUCUUCUUAUUCUGCCUCUGAAAAUCAAACACAUCUUUAAGGCAACGCUGUGGCUGGUUGUUACUGCUUUGUACCUCAGUGGUUUUCAACGUUUUUUCCACCGUGGACCCCCUUUAAAUACCUUUUGUGGCCACGGACCCCCAAGACGUAACUCAAGAUUUAAA